AUGUUUCACGCAGAUGGGACGGAGCGACGCAAUGGCCUAUACUGCAACCAUUCUGGCUUCGCAUAUUACGGCCCCGAACAACAAGAUCCGUAUACACCCGUACCCUUAAAAAUCAAGGAUAUCAUAGUAGACGGCGAGCAUGUAUAUCCUAGGGGCUUUUGGUACUUUAAUGAGAACAAGAUGAUGGACGAUACGUGGACACCGACAUGGCAUAAUCUAUGUGCAAAUAGAAGAACAAUGGCUCAAACAGCUGUGAAUUUCGAUUUCAUAUUAUGGUGCGAAGCGGGACUUGAUGCACAGUUUGCCAGUAUCGCCCACAAGAAUCCUGUGGACGGCACCCCUCUCUCCGACUUUGAACAGUAUAUGGCCCUAACAUGGGUACAUGAACUUGCUCAUUACAUCGAUAUUCUUAUAGAUGACGUACCGGCUAUGGACUAUGUCGGAGAACCCUUGAUGGAGGACUUAUUAGAUGAGAACGGUGUGAAAAUAGACGAAUCGGAUACCCCAGUGUUGACAUACGGUCCAGAAUUGAUCGCCAACCUAGUUAAGUAUAACCCAGAAGACGCUAUCUUCACGGCUGACACCUAUUCCUACUUUGCCCUUGCGAUGUACUUUGAAGACUUUAUUUGGGAAUAUUAUGAAGCAGAAAGCUUCGAGAAAUGGAGCGCCAGAGGUGGUCGGCCGUAUAAGAAAGGGCCGUACAAUGGGGACUAUGUCAAACCAGCUGACCUACCAGCAAGGUGAUUCAGACACUGGUCGGAGACGAAUUCAUAAACAGCAGAUAUAUGCUCAAGUAGCUAUCUCUUGUAAUUCUUAAAAACUUAACUAUAAAUAGA